AGCUCGCGCAAGCGUACCGCAUGCGAAUCGGAAAACGCAUUCUCCGAUCGGAAAAUUAUCGCGACACACGAGCGAUCGAUCAGCCGGCAUUUUCUUGUUCGCCACUCUGGAUACGGUUUCAAAUCGCACAACGUGCCGCCAAGUUCCUUGGAAAAUGUGCGAAAAUUGCAAAUAUUUAGUGCUUCCAUGUGACGUAUGCGUAAUGUGACCACAGUGCGGAUAAAACGCUCUUUAGAUGUAUUUCGAAAACGAAUUUAACGAAAAGGUGUAAAGGAAAAAUCCACAAAAGUACGUGCCACCAGAAAAAGUGCAAAAGAAGGGCACAUCGAACGAGGAAAAUCGACUUGAAAGGAUUCGCAGCUGGAACUGCAUCCAUCCAGAUACAGAUUCAGAUACAUGUAUAUAUACUGUAUAGCCGUGCCGAUACAGAUACAGAUACAAAUACAGAUACAUACAUGAGGCAGCCUGCGAACCACAAAAGAUACAUGCCAUGUUCCCACUAACCAACCGCUCUUCGAGUGGCAAUCGCACCAACAACAAUCCCAGCAACAACAACAACCAGACCACAAGCUUUAUAAUCGGAGGUACCACCAAUAUUAACAACAACAACAACAAUCAGAUUGGUGGCACAAGCAGCGCUAAGGAUAAAGGAAAUUUUGAAAAUAAUUGGAGCUGCAAUAAAACAACCGGUCGUCGCUCUGGCAGUGGAAAUAGCUGCAGUUUUUUAGAUCUCCAGUCCAUCCGACGACUCCUGGAGCACGAUGCCAGUGGAUCCGUGUGCCCCUCCUGCCGCAUAUCCUUCGACAAGGGCAAGAGACGGAAACUGAUCGACACCUGCGGCCACGAGCGGUGCUAUUCCUGCAUGUUCCGCAACGACCAGUGCCCCAUGUGCAUGAACAGCUCGCUGAAAGAUGUUGAUGGCGCCAACGCUCAGGGCUAUGACACCGGAAUCGGUGGCUCCACAUCGACGAUAGUGAGUCCUCUGGGAUCCCCGCAGCCGCAGCUCAGAUCGCAUGCGCAACGGAACGCGCAACUGGCGCGCUACAUGCAGCAGCACCGCCAGGAGUCGCAGUCGCCGGAUUACCACCAUCGCUAUGCGAGCAAUGGCAAACUGCCCCGGGCGGCGGCACUGUCUACCAAUGGCAAUGGAUUUUCCACCGGCACCACGCAAACGGUCACAGUGGAUGUGCACCACCAUCUCGGCGGAUUAGGAGGAGUAGGAGGAGGAGGAGGAGUAGGUGCAUCCGCCGCCAAGCAGUUGAUGGCCAACGGCAAUGGCAGCGGCAUCAGUGGCCACAGCCGCAGCAGCAGCCUGAGCCACAACAUCCAUGCGGCGGCCUACAGCGAACUGAGUGCCGCACCACCGGCCUUUGCCACACCGCCGACGCGUAGGCGGUUCUUCAACCACAAGAAUCUGCGCAGUGCCCUCACUGGAGGAGGUGGCGGUGGUGGAUCAGGAGUCGGCGGCAUCGGAGGGGGAGCUGGCAGUGUGGGCGGCGGCCAUCGACGCACUGCCUCCAAUGGGGGUUGUCCCAUUGACACAGCAUCCAUCCUGUCCGGAGGAAGCGACGCCCUUGACCACCACUCCUCGCUCCUGAACGAGAAGCUGCAGAAGGAUCAGCUCCACGCCCGUCUCGGUCUGCUGCUCAACGAUCCCGGCAGCAAUGGAAACAGCAGCAGCAGCGGAAGUGGUUGUGAACCCAUCUCGGCCCAUUCCACCACCAGCACCACGAGCAGCAGCGGCGUGGGAGCGGCCAGCACCACCACCAGUGGUUCCUCGCAGAAUGUCAGUCCGGAGCAAACGUUGGCCAGCGGAGCCGGAAUGCUUAGCGGCAGCCAGCUGUCGGUGGCCACCAGUCACGGGGUCAAGGAGGAUGCACUGAGCCUGUGCGGCAAGUUCAAGGCCGGCUGCUCCAUGCUGCACGUGUACGAAGCCUUACCCAGCAAGAGUCGCAAGGGAAAUGUGCGGAGAUCGACGCGUGGUCAGCAGGCAUUCAGUUCGAGCUCAUCGGCGGCAGCGGCAGUGGGUUCCAGGGUGACCGCCUCCACCUUGGCGGCUGUUCAGUUGGCCCUGAAGCCGUUGUUCUUCGAGGUGCCGCUGCAGGAGCCGGAUCCUCCAUACGUGGGUCGCCAGUGGCUGGGGCAGCAGUUGUCCAACAUCCUGCUGGGAACCGAGACACGGGUGGUGCUCAUUAACGGACAGCCGGGCACUGGAAAGACGGCGUUCUGCCUGCAGCUGGUGGAGUACUCGUGCUUUGGCCGCCGGCAGAUGCAGGAUGAUCCCGAUGGCAUUUACAGCCAGCUCCAGUUGGGCGCCCACUGUGAGCGCAUGCGCGGACUGGCCUCCCACAUGGUGGGCUAUCACUUCUGCCAGGCGGACGCCAAUCUCACCUGCCAGGUGCCGGAUUUCGUGCACUCCCUGGCCGCCCAACUGUGCCAGGCGCCGCAGUUGACCGCCUACAGGGAUUACCUGCUUUCGGAGCCGCAUCUCCAGGACAUUCUCAGUGUGCGCGAGUGCAUCGCGGAUGCCGAGAGAGUGAUGAAGCUGGCAAUCCUGGAGCCACUGGCCCACCUUCACCGGGCGGGAAAGAUUCCUGCCAAAGUGGCCGUCAUCGUGGUGGAUGCCUUGUGCGAAGCGGAGUACCAUCGUCCCGAUCAUGGUCAUACCAUUGCCAGUUUCUUGGCACAGCUAACGCCACACUUUCCAGCCUGGCUCAAGCUGGUGGCCACUGUAAGGACGCAGAUGUUGGAGCUGGUGAAGGCACCCAGCUACACACAACUCACCCUGGACAGUUGGGCCAGCAGCCAGGCGCUGCAGCAGGAUAUGCUGGAUUACAUUGGCGCCCGGCUGGCAGAUAGUCCGGAAAUUCGAAUGAACAUCGGCGGAGGAGGAGGAGGCCAGAGCUCGCAGUCGGGCAGCCAACCGCAGACGAAGUUCGUGUCCCAUCUUCAGUCCCUCAGCAGGGGCUCCAUGCUGUACGCCAAGCUCAUCCUGGAUCUCAUUGCACGCGGCCAGUUGGUUAUCAAGUCAUCCAGCUACAAGGUGCUACCGGUCUCCCUCGCCCAGAUCUUUCUGCUGCACUUCAACCUGCGCUUUCCCACCGCCCGUAGCUUUGAGCAGGCUGCUCCGAUCCUCAACAUCUGCCUGGCUGCUCUGUAUCCCCUGACGCUGGACGAGAUCUACUACAGCAUGGAGGCACUGAGUCACGGACGGGAGGCACUCAGUUGGCCGGAUUUCAUGCAACGCUUCAAGCUACUGGAUGGAUUUUUGAUCAAGAGGUUGGACAACACCUACAUGUUCUUUCACAGCUCCCUGAGGGAGUGGCUGAUGCGACGGGAUGAGGGCGAGUCCAACAAGUUCCUCUGCGACGCCCGGCUGGGUCACGCUGGAAUCGCUUUCCGAUUGUCCCGGCUGCAGGCUCCAUUGUCACCACAGCUCACCCUGGAACUGGGUCACCACAUGCUCAAAGCACAUUUGUACGGCGGAACGAGUCUGACGCUACUUUCUCCACGGGAUCUGCAAUCCUAUUGGCUGGCGGGGGCGGCGGAUAACAUUUCCUCCUCGCUGGGCGCCCUGCGAAAUGUCUACAGUCCGAACCUCAAAGUUUCCCGACUAGUUCUCUUGGCAGGAGCCUCACCAAAUCACCGCACGGACUACAUGGGAGGAGCUCCGAUCCUUUGCAUAGCUGCUCAUGAGGGCAUCCUUCCCAUGGUAAGCCUGCUCCUGGAGUUCGGUGCCGAUGUGGGUCUGACCAACAGUCAGGGCUGUACUCCCUUAAUUCUGGCCGCCAUGCGUGGCCACUGCGACGUAGUGCGUCCGUUGGUAGCCGCCGGCAGCAGCCUCGGCCAGCUGGACAUCACGCAGCGCUGUGCCCUCGUUCAUGCCGCCCGCAUGGGUCACCUCAGUGUGGUCAAGUACUUGCUCGCCUGCGACUGGUCACCACGACCGCACUCCCAAGAUGUCACCAGAUCGGUGGCCUUGCAGCAGGCACUUAUUGGCGCCGCCGCGCAGGCGCACUGCAAGAUCCUUGAGGAUCUGCUCGAUCUCAAUGAGACCGAGUUUGACCUGGACGUGAAUGGCAUGGAGCCAAGCAGUGGUGAACUGGCGCUAACCGCAGCCGCUCGUCACGGAUGCGUUGAUGUGGUAGGCAUCCUGCUCUCCCGCGGCGCUCAGAUCGAUGCAAGGAAUCGGCAGGGAUACUCGGCCCUUUGGUUGGCUGUCAAGGAGGGUCACUGGAGCGUGGUAGAGCAUCUGCUGCAACGUGGUGCCCUGCUGGAUGAACCACUGGGACAGACAAGCAAGACGCCGCUGAUGAUCGCGGCGGAGGAGGGACAUCUGGAGCUGGUCGAACUGCUGCUGGCUCGAGGAGCGGCACGAGAAGCUCAGGAUCACGAGGGAUUCACGGCACUCAGCUGGGCCUGUUUACGUGGCCACUUGGCGGCGGCCAAGACCCUCAUAGAACACGGCUGUAAUCGCCACCACGAGGAUCACAACGGACGCACAGCCCUGGAUCUGGCAGCCUAUCAGGGAGCCGCUGGCCUGGUGCUCUAUAUCCUUGAGCAGGGCGGCAAUCUGGAACACAUCGAUGUCCAUGGAAUGCGACCACUGGAUCGGGCCAUUGCCUGCCGCAACAUCCAGGCCGUACAGGUGUUCUUGCGCAAGGGGGCCAAACUGGGACCGACCACCUGGAGCAUGGCCAUGGGCAAGCCGGAGAUACUGGUGAUACUGCUCAACAAGCUGCUGGAGGACGGUAAUGUGCUGUACCGGAAAAACCGCUUCCUGGAGGCGGCCCAUCGCUACCAGUAUGCCCUGCGCAAGAUCUCCGGACUGGAGCAGUUGCUCGAAAGGAAUGCCAUCUUCGCCCAGCUGCGGACCAAUCUGCUGCUGAAUCUGUCGCGCUGCAAGCGAAAACUGAAUGAACUUGACGCCUCAAUAGAUUUGGCCACGCAGGCGAUUGCCCAGAAGCCGCACAGCUACGAAGGAUACUACGCCAGGGCAAAGGCGCGCAUGGAACUCGGUGCCCUGAACGAGGCGCUGGUGGACGCCAAUGAGGCGAUGCAGCAGGCGGCCCAGAGUGGUGUGCUCUGCGAAGUGGUCGAGGUGCUGAAGCGCAUCCAGGCCGAACUGCUCACGCGGAUCAGCAUCAGCAGCGAGGAUCAGACCGGCAGAAUGUCCAAUGUCGCAUACGAAUCUCAUCACGAGAUCACCGAUUUGUAAAUGUCGAUUGUUGUGUAUUGUUGUACUCGUCGUAUACCCUUCGAAUUAAUCGCUAUUCCUACUUAAGAGCUACCCUAGACCUUACUUUUUGCUAUUUAUUGCCUUCGAAUGUUUUUAAUUUAAACCCACUGAAACUAUCCUUGUAAUUUCAUUUUUAAUUGUCUUUUUAAUUUUGUGUCUACGCAUGUAAAAAUUAGUUUUAUACUCUGAUUUAGCAUAGGCAUCAGUUCUUAUCCAUAACGAAUAUUAAAUAAAUGCGAAUUCAUUUAAGAUUGAAUAAACACACUAUUUUGCUAUUCGAUGCAGCCUUUUGGGGAUAUGCUUGAGCACUCUGGGCUGAGAUUAUAAAACUUUCCU